UUACCGCCACAUUUUGACAACAACAACAACCACCACAAGAACAACAACAACUACAUAUAAUAAAGUCGGAUAUCGAUACUAAAUAAAGUAAAUAGUUAAAAUUGGUCGAUAUGGAACAUUUUUAUACUGCAUGCGUUAUAAAAAUGCUUUAAACACAUAAUAUGACAUAAAGAGUUUGAAAAUCUGAAGUAAAGUAUGCUUCGCGAAAAAAGAUGAUAAACAGAAAAUUACGUCUUGUGAACCUAGGGCUUGCUGGCAUCCUAUUAUUUUCAGUUGUGUUACUUUUGUAUAUUGCUGACUUACUUCCAAUGUCGCCCAAAUUAGAAAUUGAAAAGAAUGAAGACAACGUGCUACCAUCCAUCCAGAAGCUACACAGUCUUACUCACCAAGAGCUCGCAAUGCUGUAUCACAGGUACAUAAACACUGUGCAGGCGCUGUGUAAGAGGGUCGUGAGGAUUGGUAACCUUGGCGAUGGGGGCUGGGAGCUCUGUGAAGACAUCGAGUUCAGGCCUAAACAUCCCUGCCUUGUCUACUCAUUUGGGAUCAAUAAUGACUUCAGUUUUGAUGACAUGAUGGCAGACCGAUUCAAGUGUGAUGUAUAUUCCUUUGAUCCAAGCAUGAAGGAGACCCUAGAAGGGCCACGUGGACCCAGGCAGUGGUUCUACCGGUCAGGGCUUAGUGAGCGAACAGAGACAUUCCAGAAUGAAUGGCAGGUCAGCACCUUGAAGGAUCUGCAAGAGAAACAUGGACACGCCAAGGUCAAAAUUGAUAUUCUCAAGAUAGACGUUGAGAAGUUUGAGUGGCUAGCCUUAACCCAAAUUUACGAAAGUGGUGGACUGAAAAACAUUCGCCAGCUCCUGAUUGAGCUUCACAUGGGCAUGCGAGGGGUUGAAGCAGAGAAACUGGAGUACAUUCAGGGCCUUGGGAUUCUCAAACAUUUGUAUGACAAUGGGUUCCGCAUUGUGUACUCCCAUCGCAAUAUUUGGUGCAAAUUUCUAUCCAAGCUGCAGCACAUUGACGAAGUGGGCUGCCAUGAACUAACAUUUGUGUACAUUCCAUGAUACUUGGUUUUGUUUAAUGUCAUUAAUGUUUUAUGUACAAAGGAGGUAAUACAUAUCAGUGACGUUGUGUUUUUAUUUCAUUUAUUUUUAGCUCACCUGAGCACAACGUGCUCAUGGUGAGCUUUUGUGAUCGCUUUUUGUCCGUCAUCAACAUUUUGCCUAGUGAACAUUCUAGAGGCCACAUUUAGUGUCUGAUCUUCAUGCAAUUUGGUCACAACAUUUGUCCCAUUGAUACCUCGACUGAGUUCGAAACUGGGUCAUGCUGGGUCAAAAACUAGGUCACUAGGAAAAAAAAAGAAAAACCUUGUGAACACUGUAGAAGUCACAUUUGAUGCCCAAUCUUCAUGUAACUUUGUCAAAAUGUUUGUCUAAAUAAUAUGUUGGUUGAGUUAAAAAAUGGUUCCGGUCCGUUGAAAAACAUGGCCGCCAGGGGGCCGGGCAGUAUUCCUUAUAUGGCUAUAGAGAAACCUUGUGAAAACUCUAGAAGUCACAAUUUUUGCCCAAUCAUCAUGAAACUGGGUCAAAACAUUGGUUUCAUUGAUAUCUCGGACGAGUUCGAAAAUGGUCCAGAUCGGUGAAAAAACAUGGUCGCCAGGGGGCGGGGCAGUUUUCCUUAAAUGGCUAUAGUAAAACCUUGAUAACACUCUAGAGGCCACAUUUAUUGUUCAAUCUUCGUGAAAUUUGGUUGGAAGAUUGUUCUCAAUGAUAUCUUGGAUGAGUUCGAAAAUGGUUACGUUUGCUUGAAAAACAUGGCUGCCAAGGAGCGGGGCAUUUUUCCUUACAUGGCUAUGUAUGGCUAUUGUAAAACCUUGUGAACACUCUAGAGGCCACAUUUAUUGUCCAAUCUUCAUGAAAUUUGGUCAGAAGAUUGGUCACAAUGAUAUCUUGGUUGAGUUAAAAAAUGAUGCUGGUUGGUUGAAAAACAUGGCUGCCAAGAGGCGUGGCAUUUUUCCUUUUAUGGCUAUAGUAAAACCUUGUUAACAUUCUAGAGGCCACAUUUAUUUUCUGAUCUUCAUGAAACUUGGUAAGAAGAUUUGUCCUAAUGAUAUUUUGGAUGAGUUCGAAAAUGGUUUCGGUUGCUCAAAAAACAUGGCCACCAGGGGGCGGGGCAUUUUUCCUAAUAUGGCUACAUAUCAUGCUUUAUUAAAACCUUGUUAACACUCUAGAGGCCACAUUUAUUGUCCGAUCAUCAUGAAACUUGGUCAGGUGAUUUGUCCCAAUGAUAUCUUGGAUGAGUUCGAAAAUGGUUCCGGUUGGUGGAAAACCAUGGCCGCCAAGGGGGCGUGGCAUUUUUCCUUAUAUAGUUAUAGUUAAACCUUGUUAACACUCUAGAAGCCAUAUUUAUUGUACGAUCAUCAUGAAACUUUGUCAGAAAAUUUGUCCCAAUGAUAUUUUGGACAAGUUCGAACGUGGUUCCAGUUGCUUGAAAAACAUGGCCACCAGUGGGCAGGGCAUUUUUCCUUAUAUGGACUUAUGGCAUUUUUCCUUAUAUAGCUAUAGUUAAACCUUGUUAACACUCUAGAAGCCAUAUUUAUUGUACGAUCAUCACGAAACUUUGUCAGUAUAUUUGUUUAAAUGAUAUCUUUGAUGUGUAUGAAAAUGGUUCUGGUCUGUUGAAAAACGUGGCUGCCAGGGUGUUCAUUAGUUCAAAGUUUGUAAGAACAUAUUGUUCUAAUGACAUCUUGGGCUGCACAGAACAGGUCAGUUCCUUUGAAUCUCAGGUGAGCGACUUUGGGCCUUUCAGGCCCUCUUGUGUUUGUUUGUUUUUAAAUAUUUGUGUAUGUCUUGGCUGACUCGUCAGUGACAUGUCUAUAUAUACCUUUAUAAUCAAACAUUCUGUAAUUUAUAUAACUAUGCUCACCUAUAUAAUGUUGCACUAUUUCAAUUCACAUCAAUGUCAUUGAAAAUGACUGCUGUUUUCGUCAGAAAAUAAAUAGUUAUUCAAGAGUUAAUACAAAAAUGAUGUAUUGUUUACCUAGUAUUCAUUGGUGACUCGCCGUAAUAAAAUGGCACAAAUAUAUAAUAAUAUACAUAAUUAUGAAAUAGACUUCUCUGUUUUUUAUACCUGCUCUAAAUGAAGCAGCAAAUAAGAGGCGCACUGUCCGUCCAUCUCUCUGUGUGAACAUUACUGUCUGAGACAUUAUUUUGAAAUAUACAGAUGGCUUUUCAAAUAAUUUGGAACAAAUGUUAAUAUUUAUCACCUGUCUUCCUACCUCAAAGUUCAAGGUUACUCUUAGAGGUCAAAUUUAUACAUAUUAAACCAUGCAACAGCUUGUUUUCCUGCUAAGCGGAAAGUUGAGCUAUUAGUGGAACCUGCGGGUAUCUGUCCCCUUGUUAGCUCGACUGUUAAAGUGUUGUGAGCUUGGCUUUCGAUUGAAUAGUUCUAACUGUUAAACUACUCACUCAUUUGUCGAAAUGUGUGUGUGUGUGUGUGUGUGUGCAAUGCUCUGUUUUUAGUUUGCGUGAAACAUUUCAAUAUCACUGUUUUAACUACACCUGUCUAAUUGAAACAUCACACUUGUUCAGGGCCAUUUUGUAAGAUCCAUUACUCUGACCUUCAAUUUAGGCAAACUUCUCGCUCAGUGUACCCAAGAUAUUGAAAUAAAAUGUACUGUUAUUUAUGUGUCCAAGGUCUUCAUAAGCUUCACGGACCAAGAAAUAUGACCGUGUGUAGCCUUUAAGCAGUGUUUUGCCCUCUUUUGUUUUUAAAAAGUC